AUGAUGGGGGGACACGGAAGACCGCAGCAGGGUCAGGAUUACCCGGAGGGGGAAAUGGUGGAAAUUGAUGUUCUUCAAGGACAUCAUCACCCUCACCAAAAUCAAUAUCAGCCGCCGUAUCAGAACAACAACCAGCAGAUGCAGCAAAACCAGCAAUACCAACAACCUCAGUACCAGGAGCAAUACCAGGAGUACUCUCAAAACCCGUAUGGUAGCCCGUACCAGAACGAACCGACCCAGUCCCAGGAGCAAUUCGGACGCGCCCUGACGAAUAACGCACCUUCUCCGUACCAGCAACAGGAAGGGUUCCAGCCGCCGUACAACCAACAACAACAGUACCAGCAGCCUCACGCUGUCUCCGGGGACGAGUUGUACGGACCUCCCGGUUGGGCAAACCGUCACUCGAUAGGCAUGGCUGGCGCACCUUCAAUCGGGCCCUCGAUCUCGGGGAUGGACACGCCGGUCGAGUCCCGCUCAGCGACGCCUACGCUGAAGAGCGGCGCGAACACGCCGUUUGAUCACUUGGCUGCCCCGAGGCAUCCGUGGUCGACCGACUCGACGCCUAACAGCCCUAUGAAUCAGAGCCACCAAAGUUUGCAAAACUUGCUCCCCGGACAGGCCUCACCGGUCCUCGCCAAGGAGUGGGUUGAGGGCAGCGACCAGAUUGCGAGACUUCACAAGCGCGACGACUCCGACAUCUGGGGCGGCUGGAAGCGCCACGUCUUCCGCAUGGUUCCUAUUCUCACCAUCCUCGCUACCGGAAUGUACCUCGUCUACCUCGCUCUUCGUAUCUACUGCGUCAUCUCUGCUCAGCAACUCGCCAAGGAAAUCUAUGCUCAGGCUUGGGUCUUCAUCGCCGUCGAAAUUACUGUUGCCAUUCCCUCAAUUAUGCACAACAUCUGGACCAUGUGGUCCAUGAAGAAGCGUCAGCGCCCUAAGUUGAGACUUAUGGGCGAGGAUGUUCCCACCGUCGAUGUUCUGCUCACUUGCUGCGGUGAAGAGGAUGAUUUGGUUCUUGACACCGCCCGCGCUGCCUGCGACGUCGAUUACCCCCGCGACCGGUUCCGCGUCAUUAUCUGCGAUGACGGCAAAUCCGAGGGCCUGGAGAGCGGUAUCGCAGCCUUGGCCAUGACUUACCCCAAUGUUCACUACCUCUGCCGCCCCAAGUACCCCGGUGUGCCUCACCAUUUCAAGGCCGGUAACCUGAACUACGCCCUCGAUUUUGUCCACACGAUGCCCGGCGGCGCUGGUCAGUUUAUGGCUGCUCUCGACGCUGAUAUGAUCCCCGAGCGCGACUGGCUCCGUGCCAUUCUGCCUCACAUGCUCAUUGACCCCAAGGUGGCCCUCGCCUGCCCCCCGCAGCUGUUCUACAACACCCCGCCAUCCGAUCCUCUCGCCCAGUCCCUCGACUUCUUCGUUCACGUCAUUGAGCCCAUCAAGGACGCCCUCGGCGUGGCCUGGUGCACCGGUUCCGGCUACUGCGUACGUCGUGAGGCUCUUGAUGAGAUAGGAAACUUCCCCCUCGGCUCCCUGGCUGAGGAUGUUGCUACUUCUACUUUGAUGCUCGGAAAGGGCUGGAAGACGGCCUACAUUCACGAGCCCCUCCAGUUUGGCACCGUCCCCGAGGAUUAUGGCGGCCAUCUCAAGCAGCGUACCCGCUGGGCCAUUGGUACCGUCGACACGUCGUUCAAGCUCAACUUCUGCUUGUACGGUGAGAAGGUCAAGCAGAUGACGGUCGCGCAGCGUUUUUCCGGCUUCCUCUACGCUACACUCAGUCUGUACACGAUUCUCCUGACCCUCUCCAUGUUCGCCAUCCCGAUUAUCCUGGUCAUGGGCAAGCCCCUGGUCGCCUACGCCAAUUAUGAGCAGCUCCGCUGGCUCAUCCGCGCCUGUUUUGCCGCCACGCUCACCAACCGUUUGUGCGAGUUUGCUCUCUUCAUCCCCGCGGGCUACCACACCGGCCAGCGCGGUUCUCGUUACCAGCUUUGGAUGUCUCCGUACAUCGCGCUUUGCAUCAUCCGCUCAUUCAUCCUCCCCACCUGGCUCGGUGGUCAGACGCAGGCCUUCAAGCCCACCGGAUCCCUCGGCUCCGCCCUCAAUGAGCGCGACCCCAAGACCCGCAAGGGCAUGUUCCGCCGUCUUUGGGGUAUCCUGUUCAACUACAUGGCAAUCUUCCACCUGGCUUUCGUCUACCUCACCCUUGUCGGCGUGGUUCUGACCUCGUACCGCUGCUUCUACGUCAACGAUGAGCUCCGCGAUAUCCUGAUGUGUCUCAUCACCCACGCCUUCUGGCCGCCCCUGACUUUCAUCUUCAUCUGCAGCUCGCUCUGGACGCCUAUCGCCUACGCCAUUGACCCGCCGAACAUGCCGGACCGCGAGCAGCUCCUCGAGCGCGACCCCAAGACCUUUGUCGCCCACCCGACACCUCAGAGCAAGAAGAUUGCCUUUGGCGGCCAGGCUGCGUGGUUCGAGACCGAGUUGACCGUCACCUCGGCCUACACGAUCCUCGUCUUCGUCCUCUCCUUCAUCUACUAG